CCUCGUCCGAGAAGCCUGACAGGGUAUUACACACAGAUGGGUGUGGUCACAUGAUGACAAGUAGCUGCGAGAGUAGAGAGGUAAGAGGACAGGCGAACAACCACCAGAUCACAAGAGGAGGAUCGUCAGAGCAACAGGAUUUAAAAUGGAUCCCAGCACAAUGAGUGAGAAAUCAGGAAAAACAGAUCAACCUCCAGCGUACCAGGCUGACAUGGGGUAUCCUCCGGUCCCAGGGGCCGUCCCUGCUCAGGGGGUUUACCCAUCAGCCCAGGGGUAUGGUGUUGGUCAGGGAGUUUACUCUCCAGCCCAGGGGUAUGGUGUUGCUCAGGGAGUUUACCCUCCAGCCCAGGGGUACGGUGCAGGACAGUAUGGAGCUCAGCCGUACCCCGGCCAAGCCACCGUCACCGUCCAGCCCACCAUCUUCGUGAAUCCUUCUAAUCAGAGUAACCCGGUCCCUGAUUACCUGGGUUACUCCAUCUUCACCCUGCUGUGCUGCUGCUUACCCCUGGGCAUCGCCGCUCUCAUCUACUCCAUCAGCACUCGAGAUGCCAACAUGAUGGGAAACAGAGAUCUGGCCAUGAGAAACUCUCGCGUGUCCCGACUCCUGAACAACAUCGCUCUGGGGCUCGGCAUCCUGGCCUACGUCAUCAGCAUCAUCCUCAUCAUCGUCUCAGUUUCGACCGCGUGGAAACUAGCCAAAUAUAACUGAAGCGCUUUACUAAGGCACCGUUAAUACGUUACAACAUUGUUAUUGUUUUUAUUGCGUAUUACGUGAAGAAUCAGCACACAUGCAGAAAUGUAUGUAUAGACAUUGCACAUGUAUGAUUUAUGCUUUUCUACCAUAUAAAGGCUAGAAGUGUCCUCCUGGUCAUGUAUAAUGGCACCUUGAUGUUUUAUAAUCAUUGCAUAAGCAAGUUAUAAAGGUUUGUAUCUGCUUCCUUGGUUCUGAGUUAAUGUCCUGGGCCUGUUGGAAAUAAAACAACAAACUGUG